AUGUCAACAUUACAACAUAAUCAAUUGAAUAGUUUCUCUCCUGUACUGCUCUCUCCAUCUUCGACAACAAUAACAAAUCAUAUAACUCUAUUUGAUAAUAGUGAUCAAGGUUCCGUCGAUUCAGAUUAUACAUCAUUGGGCAGUUCGAAGUUCUAUGGAAAUAGUGGCUCAACAUCAUCUUUACAUCGUCAAGGUCGUUCGCAUUCAAUCGAUGAAUUAGCAUCGACAACAACUAUUCCGACGCGACAUUUCAAUGGAACGUUAACUGUAAAUAAAUCUAACAACGAUCCAUUACAAUUCGUUAAAAUUCAUCCAAAUCAUGAAUUACUUGAACGUGCACAAGAACAACUAUCAAUAGCCGAAUCACGAAAACGUUUACAAGAAAAUUACCGCCUGUCUCAUCACUCGGCUGAUCACAAGUCGAACGACGAGGAGGUUGAUUGGUCUAAGGUAAGUUAG